ACCGAACGUGUGCGUGGACCAGGAGGAGAUCGACGAGGGCCGGACCGACGUGGACGCGGGUCAAGCCUCCUCGUCCGGGUCGUCCUUCAUCUUCUCCUUCGGCCAGAUGGAGGUCACGUCAUGUCAAGAAACGGCCGAUAAAUACACCUGCACGACAAAAACUUCUCGACGUGGAAUCAACAAGACAGUGAAAGUGACCUACAGAUGUUGCCAUGGUUUCGCCAAGACGCCAAGUGGAUGUUCAAGAGUGCAACUGCAAGACCUCCCGGAGACGCUGCAGAACAUCGGGGCAACAGACUUCUUGUCGCUCACCAAGUCCGUCAACAUGGAGAAGAUUCUGCGAGAAAACAUCACGCUGUUUGUGCCCUCUAACGAGGCCAUGCAGGAGUUCACCGUCGAUCUGGAGGCCGAGAACGAGUUCGACAACGGCCUGGACGAGAACCGCACCUUCAACGAGGUUGUCUACCGCCGCCGCCGCUCCAUUGACACGCAGGAGCUGGUCCUCGCGCACGUGACCAAGGGCGUCCACUACAGCGGCGACCUGCAGGACGAGCAGGUCCUCAACAGCAUGGCCAAGGGAUCCACUCUCAGGGUGAACACCUACAGCACCCUCCCGCCCACGGCCACCAUCAACUGCGCCCGGAUCGUGGGAAUCAACCAGCACUCGGCCAACGGGGUCGUCCACACCAUCGACCGCGUCCUGCGACCCGUCACCAGGACCCUGGCUGAGCUGGUGGAGUCGAGGCCCGAGUUCUCCAUUCUGAGGCAGCUCCUGACCCGCGCCGACAUGAUGAAGACCCUGCAGGAGCCCGGGCAGCUGACCCUCUUCGCCCCAACCGACGACGCCUUCGGGAACGUCUCUCUGGAGGGCCUUCUGGAGGGCAGCGCCUGUCUCGAUGCUGUCAUCAAGAGCCACAUUCUGCCCAACGUGAUCUGCUCGGCCGCCGUUCAAGGAAAAGCUCGAACGGUGAACCUCCUCGACGGCUAUCUGAUGCUCGAGAAGACCGAAGACAACGAGAUCUUCGUCGGGGAUGCUGAGGUGCUGGAGAGGGACGUCGUGGGAACCAACGGCGUCCUGCACGUGGUCAGCGGCCCCCUGAUGCCCCAGGAAGCCAAGCCUCUGCUCGAAGUCCUCGAGGCCCACAACCUCACCCGCUUCAUGGACCUCCUGGAAGCAGCUGACAUGUUGGACGAACUCAAGGACCUCACGGAUGUCACUGUCUUCGCCCCGAGCAAUAGGGCCGUGGACGAGAUCCCCGAGGAAGUCUUGGAGAAUAUCAUUAACGAUCCGGACAGACUUCGCGAGAUUCUUCAGUACCACAUGGCGACUCCAACCCUCAAAGCCAGCGACAUUUCCAACAACCACAUCGCCACGACUCGAGCUGACCAUCCCCUCAGGAUCAAUCUCUAUUCAAGGUCCCCCCUUCUCUCGGGCCUCAUCAGCAUGGGGAGACGCCACCCGAGCGUGCGCAUGACCGCCGGGUGCAGCCACGUGUCAGCGCUGGACUCUCGCGCAUGCGGCGCCGUCGUCCAUGUGGUCGAGAAGAUGCUGGUCGUGCCGAAGGUCAACGUCAUGGAUCUUCUCGAAUCGAAUGAAGACUUUUCCAUCUUCACCAAGAUGUUGAAGGAUACUGGCCUCAAUGAGACCCUGGUAGAAGACGGACCUUUCACCGUCUUGGCUCCAUCGGAUCACGUCUUCAGAAUUCUCCCUGAAGAGGAACUGAACCAGCUGUUGGAAGAUCAAGAGCUUCAGCAGCAACUCGUCACGCAGCAUAUUAUGGAAGAGCACCUGUGCUGCACUGGCAUCAACCCCAACACCUGGCUCUUCAUGGACCACAAGAGGACGCUCAACGGCUCGCCCAUUCACGUCCGCCGCACCAACUCUGGCAGACUCAUGGCCGGCCCCGCACGCAUCACCCACUGCUCCUCACCCACACGCAACGGCCUGGUCCACACUGUCAGCCAUCUGCUGAUGAAUAUCCACCGUCACAGAAUGGAUGACGACGAGGACUGCGACAGGAGGCAAGUCUUCUCUUCUCCCGGUCUGGGACUCCUGUUUGGUUAAGAGGAAGGGCUAUUCUACCCCCCUUUUCUUCUUUUCUUUAGUCCCCCCCUCCCCCUGUGAGAUGUUUUCUCUCCAUUUUCCUUAAGACAUGUUAUGAACACGCCACGUCCCUCUUUGGUGAAGGACCUAUUGUGUAACCUCGUGACGUUCAUGUUAUGUUCUUGUUUGUAGGUUCUGCUCAUCUUGUUAUUUGGUAUAGUGAAAGGAUGUUUUUAAGCCGGAGGAGAGAGGAAGUUAAAGGCUGAAGUUUAUAAGAAUGUUAUACCUGUAGUUCUGAAGUUCUUGAAGAGUUGGGGUCUCAAGGAGAUUUCACCAAGAAUAUGAAACUUUUCUUCUGAAGAGAAUAUAACCCCAUAUGUCUGUUCCGCGAAGGAAAAUAAGUAUCAAUUCAUACUGUUGGCUAAAUAUUAUACUAAAUUUACGCCUUCCAGAGACAUACUUAUACCUUUUGUCAUUGGUAGAAUACUUUACGAUUUCUAAUCAUCUCAUCCAAACAAAAAACACAAGAAUAGUAUUUAUUUAGAAAUUUUCUGACCUUCAGUGUUUUUGUCUCAUACUAGAAACACACAAAAAACUUAGGGAUGAGUGUGAUUUUGAAUUCUAAGACAGUGACAAAAAAAAAAAAAAAAAAUGCAGGACCCCAAAAUAAAUAGAAAAUCAAAGGCCUAUGAUGAGUGUGAUUUUGAAUUUCUAAGACAGUGACAAAAAAUGCAGGACCCCAAAAUAAAUAGAAAAUUAAAGGCCCAAUGAGUUGUUAUGUUAAACAGACAACACUAAAACAGUUAAAGGAUAGUUAGAUUUAUGUUUAGUAGUAAAAACUGAUAUUAACCCUUAUUUAUUUUUUAACAUGUUUUUGUUUUGCAGUAAGCUGAAAAAUCAAAAUAUCUUUUUAAGAUAUAUGUAUAUUUAUCACAGGACUCUUUCCAAUAUGUACCACAUAUAAGACUGAUUGGUAUUAUAUAUAAUAAAAUAUGGAGGAAU